GAGAGAGAGAGAGAGACUGCACGGUGUGGGAGCUGUGAGACCCGUUAGCAGGGCUUUUCUUUGCGUUUGUUGGAGAUUUUGGCUCACAGCCCAACUGCCGUUUUUGUAAUCAAGGCAUGAUCGCAGAGUCCAUGCGCUUCCCCGAGCUGCAUCAGCUGCCUGCCGCUUGGAACAAUCCCAGAAUUCCCUGCUGACAUGCACAGAACUAGUCCCACAGAGAUGAUGAUGGUGAUGAAGAAGGAACAGAAGGAUGCUGAGCUCGAUAAAAAGAUUGAGGCCUUACGAAAGAAAAAUGAAGCACUUAUGAAACGCUACCAGGAGGUGGAGGAAGAUAAAAAGCGUGCAGAACAGGAAGGGAUGUCACUGCACAGCGGGAAGGGAAAAUCUGAUGAUCUGACCAUCACCAUCAAUAACGAGCAGCGUGUUGUGACUAAGAGGUCGGGACCUGGAGGGCCAAACCCCACAUCAGAGCAGGAGAAGGAGCCCGGAGAACCUGAAUCCAGAGUCUUCAGCUUUGGAAGAGGAAAGAGGAGACAACUGCUCGUCACAACAUCAGGAAACAUCAAGGGUAAGAGAGUAUUUGGUGAAAGGAAGGACAGAAAUCGCCCUUUGAGUCCAGUGAGGUUGAAACCGUCUGUUAAGGAGGAUACAGGAAAACAGAAUGUGAAGAGUCGAUGUGAGGAGUCUCGUGGCGUCUCUCAGAGUGACGCUUUUGUUCCGGCCACUGAAGGGUUUGAAGCGCUAAGUCUCAGUGAAUCGAACCUCCUCUCAUCCAGAAGAGAGCAGCUCGAGUACCUGCGAUGGAAGAAAGAGCGCGAGAAGAUCGACCGAGAGCGCGUCGCCCGACACAAAAACUCCAAAGGCCAGUGGAGGAGAGCCUGGGACCUGGAGAAGAGCGAGCUGAUGUUUUCUGAAAAAGUACAUGGAGGAACAGAGAGAGAAAUGCACAACAGAGGAAAUAGAAAUGCCAGAAGAGGAAAUCUGAAAUCAGAAGAAUCCAGACCAAUGUCAGACAGGGGGCGGGGCGGUCAUCAUCAAGCACGGGACAGGAAGGGUAAGAGUGUUCCGGUGAUGGGCAGUAAAGCGAUGGGUAAAGACCGUCUGACGGGUCGAGCCAGAAGAUGGGACGCUGAAGAACAAUUGCAGGUUUAUCAAGGGAGCAGUCUACAAGAGUUUCUGGAGGAACUAGAUGCUCUAUGUGAUCCUGAGGUGGAAGACAUCAAUCCAGACACUGAAAACCAAGAUGUUGCCAUAAAGCCCCGUGCAUCUGAAGAGUCGUUCAAAACACAGAAAACCAUCAGAGUCGUGACCUCUGACCGGACAGAAGAAGAGAAUGGACGUAUUUCCACAGAAAUACCCCAUUCAGAGACGUCCUGUCUCAAGGCCACCGAGAAAAAGGUACGGUUUUUAGAAGAACUUAUUGAUGAAGACAAUGUAACUACAGAAACCAAGGCCAGCAUGCUGAAAACACAUGCACAGGGUAUGAGCGGCUCCACCCGGGAAAACAACAAACUAAUGUUGACACAAAAUAAGGAUAACAGUGAAUGUGUCCAGGAAGUGAAGACAGCAGACAUGCCCCUCAAAGGUACUGAGGUGAGACUAAACUCUCCAGAACAGGAAAUCUGUGAGAAGAAACUUCCAGAAGUAAAUCCUGGUACUGAAGUCACUGAAAGUGAAGCCAGUGAAGCAUCUUGUCCCAGAUCCAGUUCAGGAAAUGGAAAUGUUUGUGUAUCGGUAGAACUGGGCCAGAACCAGCCCGUGGAACACACCAAGAACUGCUCGUCAAGAGGAAAUGAAGAUCUGAUUGACUCCAGUCUGUCUGUCUUGAGUCUGGAGUCUGAAAACCCUCUUCCAGACCACAACACCAGCACUGAUAUGGCAAGACAGAAUGGGAAAGUUGUUUAGAUGGAAACUGAUGUCUGGAGUGAACCUUAAACCAAAACAAACGAAAGAAGAAUGGAAAUAGCAUUUGCCUUUUUUAUUUGACUCCAAUUCAGGCGAGUUUCUGUUCUGGUGGAGCAAAGUCUUUUAUCUGACUCUUUAAACUACUGUAUUUGAAGAACCAUUUUAACAUUGGAAAAAGUUGAAAUUUGUGUAAUUUAUUGAAGUCUGAAUGUUGACUGAUGACAAACACAGUAUGUGAUUUAUUACGUUUGGUUGCAGAUUGGUUUGAACUUUUAAAGACGAUUAUCGCACUGAGCUGCCAAAUCCAAAGGACGGACACUUUUGUGUCUUUGGUGGAACUUUAAAAGAGGCUGUUCAUUUUUAACUAAAAGCACCACAAGCAAUUUGAAUGUGUAGCUUAGUUUAUUGGAACAAACACAUAGACAAGCGAAAAUGUAUUUAGAUUCAUAUACCACACGGACUAACUGACUAACAUGACGAGGCAUAGUUUUAUACACGCUUAUGACUGUAGUACUCUUAAACAGAACCUGACAAAGGCCUCCUGGUUGCCAUUAUUGGCUAAUAUACUGUAUAGCAGUUCUACUUUACAAGCACACGUGUCAUGGGGUUUUGGAAGUUGCGUGGAAUUCUAAAGUUCACAUGGAUUGUUAAGGUAUGUUAAUUAGCACUUUAUUUUAUAUGAAUGUUACAUCUGAAAUGUUACCAGAUAUGUGGAACCAUUUGUUUGGUUUUUAUUAUCUAGGCUAUUUAAGUUUUUAAUCUGAUCUUUUGCAAAGCAGAAGCCUUUAAAUGAUUUUAUUUGACAAAUUACCACAACAUGUUUACUACUUGAAUCUGCACAAUUGUUUGUUUGUUUUUUGCUAACAUAUGGGUAACUUUAAAGCAAGCUGUCUUGCCCCAUGUAGUUUAGUAUGUAAAGUUAAUAAGUAAUUGUUGGUUGUGACUAUAAAAUGUCAUUGUACUUUACAACAUUUCAGUAUUUAAGAGUCUAAGUGUUUUGGACUUUUGGUCGUGUUACAGUUUGAUUUAGGAAGACACUAAGGGUUUGUUUAAAGUGACUAGAAUUUGAUUUAUAUUUUACUGUCACUUUUAUUAAGCAUUUUGCAUUCAUCCAUGUUUGAAAUGAAAAUGUAUUGUACAUAUUUAA